AUGUAUGAUUUCAUUUCGCAAUUACUUGAAACACUAAUUUUUUUCGAAAUUAUUAACACUUGCGCCGAUAUCAAAUCGAACAAGAUUGUGCUUGACAGUACAGUUUCCAAACUAACAACAACACUACAGGAGUUUUCAUUGAAUAACCAUCAAAUGGAUGGCGGUGCAUGUCGUGUUUUGCCCAAUUCACUAUUAGGUCUCCCAACGACGGCCGUCAACAAUUCAUUGUUGUUAAACAAUAAUAACAAUUCGGCUCGAACGAAUUUCACGAAUAAGCAAUUAACAGAAUUAGAAAAGGAAUUUCAUUACAACAAAUAUCUGACAAGAGCUCGACGCAUCGAAAUUGCCAAUGCACUGAACUUAAAUGAAACACAAGUUAAAAUAUGGUUCCAAAAUCGUCGAAUGAAACAGAAGAAACGCAUCAAAGAGGGUUUAAUUCCAGCUGAACCAUUAAACCAAUCACCGACAAAUUCAUCACAAACCAUGACUAACGAAUCGCAUCUACCCGGCAGCAGUGAAAACAGUCGAGAUUCAAAUUAAACCACAUUUUAUGUUUAACCAAAUGCAUAAAUGAAAAAUCGAAGCGUUCACCAUGGAGCUAUGAAUGGAUCAAGAGAGAGAGAGUGAAAAAAAUUGCAUUAAACAUGUUAACUGGUGGACUUUUUAUAUAGAAUAAUAUUGUAUUUAUAGUUGAUGCAAAGCCAAAGUUAGAUAAUAAAUGUUGAUAAGAAAACCGAGCGCGUGAGCGUGAGCCAGCCAGCUUUUACGCUUGGAUACGUUCGAUCCCAGUAGUAGCAGUAGAAUAUUAAUUUAUACACUUCACACAUCUAAAUAACGUGUUUCAAAAUAGCAUUUGUUGGGCUUUGUCGUUCUCAUGCAAAGCCAUUUCUUAAUUCCGUCUAUUUUUUUUUAUUCAUAACUUUGUCUGGCAAAAAUAAAUGUACUUAUACAAAUUUGAUAACAUGCAAUUCCUUCCAAAUAAUGUCAUAUUUAACUUUUAUUGUAUUUCGAACACGAGUGAGGUAAUUUAACCGUUCAACUUAUCACACUCACACACACACACUCACAAAUACCAUUUUGUUCUCAAAGAUAUAUGCUGUAAUUGAAUCGAUAAAGUCGGUGAACUUCAAACAAUAGAUAUCAAAUCAUUAAUCUAUCAGGUUAUUAUGUAACGACAUUUAAAAGAAUAAAUAAACUGAAAUGAUAGCAUUUUAAGUAUAUAAGUGUGUAAAUAUUUCAAAAAUCAGUUAAUGAAUUUACUAGAACUUUAAUUCUCCAUAAGUUAGACUUAUAAGCACUCAUAUUGAAUUUUUUUUC